ACGCUCUGCAUGCCGGUGAUGGUCAAUUGGUGGCUGCUGUAGCAGAUAUGGCGAUUUUUGACCAUCUGCAACCCCAAGAGGUAUCCGAUAUCCUUCACGCGUGCGAUCCAGGAUUUGUAUGUUUUGACGGGAAUAUUCCAUCCAAGGUGAUGCUCAGUGUCGCCAACACUUGUCGCUCUUUGGGCGUGUCAGCCUUUUUUGAGCCCACUUCCGUCCCCAAAUCUCUUAAACUGUUUGAAGAUCCCGAGAUUAUCCUUUCAGGAUCGGUUCGAUUCACUUCGCCUAAUCAAUACGAACUCGAAGCAAUGACAGAUAUGGCCAAAACUGUCCUACCAACUGUAAAAGAUACUGCUUCAGCAUUAUGUCCCAAAGAUGCCCCUUCUUUGGCUCAUCGCGUAUUACCUCAAGCCUUAUAUCUGUCCAACUAUAUUCCUAAUAUCUUGCUCAAGUUGGGCGAACACGGUUGUCUCUAUGUGGCAAAGUGGAGAGACGCGCCCAUCAUUCAAUACUUUUCCCCUGAAAAGAUUGCGGCCAGUGAUAUCAAGAGCGUGAAUGGGGCCGGGGAUACUUUUGUUGGUACGCUGGCGGCCAGUUUGUAUCGCCACCCUUUGUUGGAACCUACCAACACUGAUAUGUGGCGAUCCAUGAUCACUCGUGCCCAGAAGGCGGCGGUUUUAACGCUUCAGUCUGAGCUCGCUGUGAGUCCCAAAAUAAGCGAGAUGGCCCGAUAAAAAGACGAUCAUGAAUUGCCGUGGUGUUAACAUGGAGCCAUGGAUCUUGACAAAACAAUACAAUAAGUAAAUCGGGCUUACAUUAUAUGCAUACUCUACAAUGUCAGUCGGCUUUGCUGCUGACCAUCAAAAAUAGACGAAAUGAGGGCAAACUUGAAUAAAAUUUUAGACUGCGUUUCCCAAAUUCUGACCACCAUUAUAAGCUCGCAAGUUCACAUGGGGUUACACAUGCCAAUGUUUACCAACAAGGUUCAUGCAAUU